CAUCCUCAUCCUAUAGCGAACCGCAAAGGCAUAGUCACAUAGACUAGGAACGCACGGCAUUCUGCAGAUCGAUUUGAGUUGUGUGUGUGUGCGCGUGCGUGUGUGGGAGGUUGCACUUACCACACACACACAUAACCAAGCUACCUAGGGUAGGCGUUGAAUCCGAGCGCUAGCAGUAGCAAUAGCAUCGUCGUCCUCCAUGCCGCAGACACCUUCGACUCGCUGGUGCCCGACGCCGGAGCAGCUGAUGAUCCUGGAGGAGAUGUACCGGAGCGGCGUGAGGACGCCCAACGCGGCGGAGAUCCAGCAGAUCACGGCGCACCUGGCCUACUACGGCCGCAUCGAGGGCAAGAACGUCUUCUACUGGUUCCAGAACCACAAGGCCCGCGAGCGCCAGCGGCUCCGCCGUCGCCUCUGCGCCCGGCACCAGCAGCAGUACGCGCAGCAGCAGGCCACCGCGGCGGCCCCGGCUUCGAGCCCUAACAGCAGCGCCACCGUUCCGUCCCUCGCAGCAGGUGGCAGCAGCGCCGGUGUGCAUCCGGCGGUGAUGCAGCUGCACCAUCACCAGCACCCGUACGCAACCAACUUCAUGCCACACCAGCUGGGCUACAUGGGACAGCAGGUGGCGACUGUUCCGCCAGUGCUGAACCCAGCUGCUGCCGGCAUGGUGGACCUUGCAGCUGCAAGAGCAGGAGGAGGAAAUAAGGCUACUGCUGCAGGUAGUGGUGCCUAUGGAGGUGGAGCUGGGUUAUACAACAGCUGCAGCAGCAAUCAGCUGGAGGAGUGGGAGGCCACAGAUGCAAUGGAGCACUGCGACGCCAGCUGCGGUGCGGCAUCGGGCAGCUCUGACGAGGGUGGCGCGCUCCAGCUGCCGCCAUGCUGCCGCCGUCCUCUAAAGACCUUGGACCUCUUCCCCACUAAGAGCACUGGACUCAAGGACGAGUGCAGCAGCUCCAAGUCCUCCUCUUGCUCCACAUCCACCAACUAAUUAAUCGUUAUUACCAAAUCGCUCUAGUUUCUACAUAUAUUGCUUCUAGUAGUUCUUCGAUUUGCUGGCUAGCUAGUAGCUAGAUUCGAUCAUCUCAAGUGUGCCAUUAUAUUGUUGUGUUGUGUUUGUGUGUGACGCUACCUGUUUUCAUUUGUUAUAAUAACUACGUUUAAGUUUCAGUACUCGAACUCAAUCUAUGUAUAUCUAUCCUGGUGUAAUGGAUUUAUUGUUUUAUC